CUAGAUACGAAAAUUUUAUAGGUCCACGUCAGUGCGCUGUGCCAUGGAGCGACCAGUAAGUGAAGUACUUGUGACGAAUGUUCUGUACGACGUACCGCAUAACAUAACAUAACCACAACCACGAAUUUGGAUCGUGCCGAGUGUGCACAACUUAAUAAAAACCAUAUAAGAGUCACGCUUGCUAGAAGAUAUUUACGAACAAAUUAUAAGAUAGAAAAGAUAAGCGCUCAAAAUGAACUCGUUAGUGUGGAUAUGUCUCACACUAUUGGGGCAAUGUUAUAUAGGAAUUAGUGCACAGGGUCAAAGAGUUGCACCGGGAGUUCCACCCCAACAUUAUCAACAGCCACCACAGCCGCAUCAGGUUCAUCAGCAGCAACAAAUCCAUCAGCAACAACAAAUCCACCAGCAGCAAGUUCAUCAACAACAACAGUUUCAGCAAGUACCAGUGCAACAAGUUCCUGUACAACCAGUUCCCCUCCAGCAGCAACCUCAAGUUCAACAUGUGCCGGUACCACAGCAACAGCAGCAACAACAACAACAACAACAACAAGUGCCACAUGGUCAUAACCAUGGGGUACCACAGCCAGGACAAAUUCUCAAUGCUGCAAACAUUGAGCAUGAAAAGGCACACAUAGCAGAGCACAUGGAAAUACCUAUGGACACAAAUAAAAUGACGGAUCAGGAGUUACAGUUCCAUUAUUUCAAAAUGCAUGAUGCAGACAAUAAUAACAAAUUAGAUGGUUGUGAGCUUAUAAAAUCUCUCAUCCAUUGGCACGAGACAGAAGAAGGCAUGCAGACGGAAAACUAUACGGAUACGCAGUUGUUAAACGUCAUUGAAGCAGUUAUGAGUUCGACUGAUACUGAUGACGACGGGUACAUUACAUGGUCUGAGUUUAUUGCCAGUAACAGUUGAACUAUCUAGGUCACAUUCCGUAUAAAAUGAUAAAGGUUUAUUCUUUAUAAUUGUGAACAAAAAAUGAAACAAAAAAGUUGAUAACGAAUUUAAUAAAUGAGAGGUAGUUUUAGAUAUAAUUAUAAUUUAUUCACUCGGAAUAUCGCAGUCUGCGCCUACCUUUACAGCUGGUUAAGUUUUUGGUGCUGGUUAAGGUGGUUUAAUUUUGUCAUCAGACAGAGAAUCAACAAAUCAAAAAUGGUCAACUAAUAUUGUCAUGGUACACAAAAGAAAUGGAAACUUUGCUGAAACACAUUGGAUGGAAAUCAUGGAAAAUGUAAUUAGAGACUGUACUUGUUGAGAAAAAAAGACAGCACGUUUACUGCACCGAUAUUAGACAUUUUAUAGGCGGUUCAAAACCUUGCAGUAAAUAUAGCACCGUCCGAACUGGAUAGAUAUAUGAUCAUAGUCCUUGUUGUAAUCCAUGUCUCGUAUCCAUUAUAUAAUUACUUACAAAUACAUAAAAAAAUGUUAAAUAUUUUGAAAAAAAAAAAUCGCUCAAUGGAAAAUCAGUAAUUCAACUGGGCUCGCUCAUUCAGAUGGUUUGUGCAUCUUUCUCUUACAAUAGUCAAACAUCUUCCUUACUUCGCUAUACAAUUCUAUUUUCUGGAAUAUAUACAAAGUACCAAUAAGGUACAAAUUGUUUAUGUUUUUGAGAGUUUAUAAACUGAUUCAACGAGUAAUUCCUUAACACAUAUAAUGGUAAACCAUUUUAGGUAACAAAUAUUGUCACUUUGAUCUGUUGUAAUGUUACACCACCGCAAAUUACAACACUCUGAGCCUUUGUAUAUCAAGUUACCAUCUGAGUAUGUAACUUAAGUGAAUACAUUAUAGUAAAGUAUUUAUAUGAUUUUCUUCUUAAACGUAUAUUUAUCGUAGAUUGAACGAGGAUAAAAUGUAAAUAAUGAUAUGCAUACAGACCAGGCACUUGAUAACGAUUAUUGUAUGCAAAGAAAUUUGGGUUGUGUAAAUGUUUCAAGUGAUAUAAUUACUUCAAGUGGGUUAGAUAUUUUAUAAUGAGUGGGUGAAUUGUUUUUGUGCGUUUUAUAUAUCGAAAAAAAUGAAGAUAUGAAGUAAGAGAAAACUGAAGACUAAAAUAACUGUCAUAUUUCACUGUCUAUGUAGCGCUUGAUCCAUGUUAAUAAACACUUACAAGUCGACUCGAUUGUGAUUGCUCACUAGCAAUGGCGGUAACUAGUUCGAAUGUAUCAAGUGCACAUUUUAUAUUUUAUAUACAAAUAAAUCGUUAUUAUUUUAAAAGUUGA